AUGAGAGUUUUUAGUGGGGACCCAAUCUCCACUGACCCAACCCUUAAUAAGAAUAGUAUUCAUGUUCUUCUGAAAAAGAAGAAAACGAACAAGCUGAGUGACGCCAAUUUCGGGCAAUCCCAAAUUUGCAGUUCCUGUAAGGAGCUGAGGCAACGAAGCCCUGCUGGUCAUGAAGUUUCGUGGCACAGAGCAGAAUCAAUUACCAGGUCCAUACGGAUGCAAACUGUUGAUGCACUGCGCUUGGGUGAGAGAGGCAAAGCUUCCAAUCUGCUUUUGAAUCUUGGCCGUGGGAAUGAUUCGUUAAGAGCUGAUGAUUUCGUCUAUAUUCUUAAUUACUGUGCAAAGUCACCUGAUCCAUUGUUUGUCAUGGAGACUUGGAGAAUAAUGGAUGAAAAAGAGAUUAGCCUGAAUAACAUAUGCUCUUUGCUUAUGGUGCAAGCUCUAUGUAAAGGAGGAUAUUUGGAGGAGGCAUUUAAGUUGAUAAAUUUCCUUGGAGAAAGUCCUGGCAUCUAUCCGGUUCUACCUAUCUACAACAGUUUCUUAAGGGCUUGUGCCAAAAUGCAGAGUAUAAAAAAUGCCAAUCAGUGUUUGGACUUGAUGGAGCAUCAAAUGGUGGGGAAGAAUGAAGUUACAUAUUCAGAGCUUCUCAAGCUUGCAGUUUGGCAGCAAAACCUGCCUGCGGCCCAUGAAAUUUGGAAGGAUUAUAUCAAACACUACAGUCUGAGCAUUAUUCCUCUACGGAAGUUUAUUUGGUCUUUUACUAGAUUGGGAGAUUUAAAAUCUGCGUAUGAGAAGUUGCAAUAUCUGGUGACUUUAGCCAUCAGGGGAAACACUUAUGUUAAUAAAACUUCUGAAGGAAAGUUGUAUUCGUCAAGACUAGACAUUCCUAUACCUUCAAUCUGUGAAUUAGACUUGAAGAAACGUGAUUUGGAGGAGAAUAAACAUUCUGUUCCUUCCAUAUACUGUGAGAAUUUGGACGACCAUGCUGUUAAUGCAGAUCAGUGCACUGCUUUUGGCUUGGGAGUUGGAGACGUUGAAAAUGUUCGAAUGGAUAUGCUUGAUAUACAUAUAAGCCAGCCUGUUAUGAAAAUUUUGAGAUGGUCGUUUAGUGAUGUUAUUCAUGCUUGUGCACGAGUAAGAAAUGUUGGCUUGGCAGAACAGUUGAUCCUACAGAUGCAAAUAUUUGGGUUGCAACCGUCAAGCCAUACAUAUGAUGGCUUUGUCAGAGCAGUUACUUCUGAGCAAGGUUUCAGUAGUGGAAUGGAAAUUUUAAGAAUUAUGCAGCAGAGAAAUUUGAAGCCGUAUGAUUCUACUCUGGCAAACCUUUCUAUAGGUUGCAGCAAAGUGCUAGAAUUGGAUUUCGCUGAGGCUCUGCUGGAUCAAAUAUCUGAAUGUUCAUAUCCACAUCCUUUCAAUGCUUUUCUUGCAGCAUGUGACACGGUGGAUCAACCUGAACGAGCAGUGCAGAUGUUGGCUAAAAUGAAACAAUUAAAAGUUAUGCCUGAUAUUAGGACAUAUGAGCUGCUGUUUUCGUUAUUUAGUAACGUGAAUGCCCCAUACGAAGAGGGCAACAUGUUGUCACAGUUGAAAGCGCUUGGAGCAGAGGGGAUGAUAAGAGAGCUGAUCCAGUAUUUGGACGUGGCAGAGAAUAUAUUUUGUCGUAAUAACAUUUAUCUGGGAACACCUAUUUAUAAUACAGUGCUGCAUUCACUUGUUGAGGCUAAGGAAAGUCAAAUGGCAAUUAAGAUAUUUAAAAAUAUGAAGGUAUUUGGUUUCCCAGCAGAUGCUGCGACUUAUCAUAUAAUGAUUGAUUGUUGUAGCAUUCUAGGAUGUUACAGAUCUGCUUGCGCAUUGAUCUCCAUGAUGUUGCGAGAUGGCUUUUAUCCACUAAUAGUGACUUAUACUGUUCUCAUAAAGAUUCUGUUGGAAGAUGAUGACAUUGAGGAAGCAUUGAAUCUUUUGGAUCAAGCCAGUUCAGAACGCAAUGAACUUGAUACCUUGCUAUUCAAUACCAUUCUUGAAAAAGCCUGUGAAAAGUUGAAUUUGUCGUUGAGUGGAUGCACCAAGAAAAAGUCCAGCCGGAUCCAGCGACCUGCCAUUUUGUUCUCUGCAUAUGCCAACAGUGGUUUUCACAGCACGGCCAUGGAAGCGCUGCAGGUUUUGAGUAUGCGCAUGAUAUGUGAAGAAGAUGGCAGCUUUCCAGAAAAGGCAGAAUUUGAGGAUGACUUCAUCUUUGCUGAAGACACGGAAGCUGAAUCACGAAUAGUACAGCUUUUUAAAGAUUCUGAAGAGAAGCUUGCUGUUGCCCUUUUGAAUCUAAGAUGGUGCGCCGUGCUUGGCUUCCCAAUUUCAUGGUCACCUAAUCAAAGCCCAUGGGCCAGAAGACUGUCAUGUAACUACACUGUCAGGAAAGGAGCCACCUAA